GCUGGAGGACCACCGGCUGGAGAGUUUUGGCGAGCACGCCCAGCUCCAGUUCGAGAAUAAAGUCCUGCUGCGCGGCGUCUCCGGGUACGUGUACUACCACACCCCCGACCGCUCGCGGACGUUGUACCUGGCUUUUUCAUGUCCCAUUACAGGGUCGAGCUGCUUCACCGCGCGGGGUGGCUCGCAGCCGCCCGACUGCCAGGGGCUGUGGGAGCAGGUGCCAGAGGCGGCCGCGCCGGGCGCCGGCCUGCGGCGAGCCGAUGGAUGUGCCUGGGAGACAAUCGAGAGCCAGGACGACAGCAUCGUGCUGCGGGUGGUGGUGCUGCCGGAGGGCGGCGGCGACGGCGUGGGCCGGCCGCUGCUGGACGCGGAGCUGGCCGUGCGACUCGCGAAGGCCCAGGACUGCAGUUCCGUCCUCGCGGAGAGCUCCGCGGAGGCGGCCGCGGCGGGCUGGCACGAGCGGCAGGUACUCAUCGAGGUCGACAACCGGACUGAGGAGGACUUCCACCUCGACGGUGAGUGGUUCGACCCCGGCAGGUGGCUAGAUCGGCCGACUGCUACGAUUCCGAGGAAGGGUGCAGACAAGGCGCAGAACGUCGUGAAGCUGAAGUUCACAAGCGAUCUGUUCCGCGGCGUCGCGGGGGUGGUCUGGUUCGUGAACGAGCCAGGGCUCGACACCUACCUCAGCAUCGCCUUCUCCAACCCCAUCGCCGGGUACGGCACCUUUGGCGCGCCCGCCCUGGCCGCCGCUCGCC